AUGAUUCCCGCUCCCAAUCCCGUCGUCGUCCCCACGUCCUAUGAGACAGUGCCGACGAAGGACAUCAAAGUGUCUCACUACCCGGAGGGUGCCGAGACCGCAACGCCCGUCGUCGUCGUCACGCUGAACAGGCCCAAGAAGCAGAAUGCAUUCACCUUGCAGAUGAUGCAUGAUUUCGAGAAGGUGUUUCCCAUGUUCGACGUCGACGAGCGGGUCAAGGUCGUCGUCAUCACCGGCGCCGGCAAGGCAUUCUGCGCCGGGGCGGAUCUCGAGAUCGGGUUUUCUUCCGGUGCUGGUAAAGAGCGGAUCAUGGAUCACCGUGACUCCGGCGGUCGCGUGGCGCUUGCAAUUCAUCGGUGCCGCAAGCCAACAAUAGCAGCCAUGCAGGGCUCUGCAGUCGGUCUCGGAAUGACCUUGACGCUUCCGGCAGCAAUCAGAAUUGGCUAUGAAGGGGGAAAGUACGGCUUUGUUUUCGCCCGACGAGGCAUUACGAUGGAGUCUUCAUCUUCCUUCUUUCUUCCGCGCCUGAUCGGAUUCUCCCGAGCGUCCUAUUUGCUUACGACGGGAGAGGUCUUCCCACCCAAUUCGCCACACUUCGGGCCGCUCUUCCAAGAAACAUUGCCCGAUGCGUCGAAAGUGCUUCCGCGAGCACUGGAGCUGGCGACGAACAUUGCCGAGAACGUUAGUCCGCUGGCAUCGUAUUUGAACCGCGCCCUGAUGUGGCAUAAUCCGGGGACUGCAGAGGGUACCCAUCUUGUGGAUUCGGCUGUGCUGUACCACAUGUUUAGUGCAAGGGACCAGGAAGAAGGCGUCCAGGCUUUCUUUCAGAAGCGGAAGCCGAACUUCAAGGCUACGCUCGAAGAGGAUGCACCACCAAACUUCCCAUGGUGGACUGAAGUUGACACAGGCAGCCGGCCAAAGGCGGCCAAGCCACAAUCCAAGCUUUGA